AUGAGUGUCAAUCAAGGAAAACCAUGUCCUGAUGAUAUGUUUGAUUCUUUGAAAAUAUGGAUUCCUCAGAUUGACCAAGAUGCACUUCGCAUGGAGUAUACUGUAUUUUCUAAAAGUUGUUUAGAAUUUCAAUCUCAAAUUAACCCAGAAAAAGUUCACGAUUACACUGAAAUUAAUUUUUCUGACGAUAAUGAACAUGAAAAUGAAUCUGAUGAAAAUCAUGAAAAUGAAACUCAAGACACCAACAUAAACCGUUCUAAGAAAACAACACCACUCCAAUUGCUUCAACUACUUAACUCAUUUGACUUAAUUACAGCUUUCCCGAAUUUAUACCUUGUAUACAAACAUUUGUGUACCAUUCCAACAACUUCCGUUUCUUGUGAACGGUCAUUUUCAAAACUCAAACUUAUUAAAACUAGACUCCGGUCAACAAUGGCACAAAGUAGAUUAGAAAGUCUUAUUUUGAUAUCAUGUGAAAAAGAUUUGACAAAUUCUAUUAACAUUGAUGAAGCGAUAGAUAAGUUAGCGUUAACAAGUGAUGUAAUGAAGAAGUCAUUACUUUUUAAAUAA